AUGGGGAAGGGGCUCCAGCACCGGCCGUCCUGGUGGCUGCUGCUGAACUCACUCGUUUAUCAAGUCUUUCUUGCACUGGGAGACAAGUACCAGUCUGGAAGCCUCUGCUGCCAGUGCGGCGUGCCCAUCCCGCCCAACCCGGCCAACAUGUGCGUGGGCUGCCUGCGGGCACAGGUGGACAUCACCGAGGGCAUCCCCAAGCAGGGCACCCUCCACUUCUGCAAGCAGUGCGAAAGGUAUCUUCAGCCUCCAGGAACCUGGAUUCAGUGUACCUUGGAAUCAAGAGAGCUUCUUGCUUUGUGUCUUAAAAAAAUCAAAGCUUCGCUGAGCAAGGUCCGGCUGAUUGAUGCAGGCUUUAUUUGGACCGAGCCACAUUCUAAGAGGCUGAAGCUGAAACUGACUGUUCAGAAGGAGGUGAUAAAUGGAGCAGUUCUUCAGCAAGUGUUUGUGGUGGAAUAUAUAGUUCAGUCUCAAAUGUGUGAAGACUGUCAUAGGAUUGAAGCUAAGGAUUUCUGGAAAGCUGUAGUGCAAGUCAGACAAAAGACUCUGCACAAGAAGACUUUCUACUAUUUGGAGCAGCUGAUUUUAAAACACAGGCUUCAUCAAAAUACACUUCGGAUCAAAGAAAUCCAUGAUGGCCUGGAUUUUUAUUAUUCUUCAAAGCAGCAGGCCCAGAAGAUGGUAGACUUUCUUCAGUGUACAGUUCCAUCUAGAUCAAAAUCAUCCCAACGUUUGAUCUCCCAUGAUAUUCAUAGUAAUGUCUACAAUUACAAAAGCACUUUCUCUGUGGAAAUUGUUCCAAUAUGCAAGGACAAUGUUGUAUGUCUGUCACCAAAACUGGCGCAGAGUCUUGGUAACAUGAGCCAGAUCUGUGUGUGCAUUAGAGUAACAAGUACCAUCCACCUCAUCGAUCCUAGCACUCUGCAGAUUGCUGAAAUUGACGGAAAUACCUACUGGCGCCACCCUUUCAACAGCUUGUUCCACCCGAAACAACUGGAGGAAUUUAUCAUUGUGGAUAUCAAUAGGGUUCAAGAAAAGAAAAAAGGUGCAGGUGCAGGGGCAAGAUCAAACAAGCACACACUGGCUGAAGCCUGGGUGCAGAAAACCUCGGAGUUGAAUACAGAUCAUCAGUAUUUCUGCUGUACUCAUUUGGGGCACAUUCUGAAUCCUGGCGACCUUGUCUUGGGAUUCGACUUGGCGAACUGCAACUUAAAUGACGAGUUUGCCAAUAAGAUGAACCCACACAAUAUUCCUGAUGUGGUAUUAAUAAAGAAGAGCUAUGACCGUACCAAACGCCAGCGUCGCAGAAACUGGAAGCUGAAAGAGCUAGAAAGGGACAGAGAAGGCACGGAUACAGAUGACGAAAGACAAUACCAGGACUUCCUUGAAGAUCUCGAAGAAGAUGAAGCCAUCAGGAAGAAUGUCAACAUUUACAGAAAUGCAGAAGUUCCAGUGGAGAGUGACACAGAUGAUGAUGGUCCUCCGCGAAUCAGUCUGGCUGAAAUGCUGGAGGAUCUCCAUAUUUCCCAGGAUGCCACUGGUGGGGAAGGGGCAAAUAUGAUGACAGAAUAA